AGUUCAAACAGGUGGACGUGCUGGAAGCAAAUGAAGAAUUGGCUUUAGAAAAGAGAACAGCUUCCUGCAUGAGGAUUGGACUCACUAUGUCUGGCCAUCUGGGCAUCAUCAUUCUGGCUCUUGCAGUGGGGGCUCAGGACCUGCCCUCAGGCCCACAGGGCUGCACUGAGGGUAGUUGUUACCCGGCAACAGGCAAUCUCCUCAUUGGCCGAGCCAUCAACCUGACUGCCACUUCUACCUGCGGCCUGCAGGGUCCUGAACACUACUGCAUCGUCAGUCAUCUGCAGGAGUCGGACAAGUGUUUUGUAUGUGACUCACAAAGGCAGUACCAUCACUGGCACAGGCACAGCCAUCGAGUGGAGAAUGUGAUCUACCUGAAGGACAGCUACGGGGAAUUCACCUGGUGGCAGUCUGUAAAUGGUGAGGAGAGUGUGAGUCUCAGGUUGAAUCUUGAGGCGGAAUUCCACUUUACUCAUCUCAUUAUGAAGUUUAAGACCUUCCGGCCUGCUGCCAUGCUGAUAGAGCGCUCGGCGGAUUUCGGCCGUUCCUGGAAGCCCUACCGCUACUUCUCUUACAACUGCACAAAGAUGUUCCCAGGUGUGCCAGCCCACGCCCUGAGACGCAUCGAUGAUGUCAUCUGUGAGGAGCGCUACUCUGACAUUGAGCCGUCCACACUGGGGGAGGUAAUUUAUAAAGUGCUUGAUCCUUCCAUUGAUGUGAAAGACCCCUAUAGUCUUCAUAUUCAAGAGCUGCUCCGGAUCACCAACCUGCGGAUUAACUUCACCAAGCUGCACACGCUGGGGGACAACCUGCUGGACCGGCGCACGGACGUGCUGCAGAAGUACUACUACGCGCUGUACGAGCUGGUGGUGCGCGGCAGCUGCUUCUGCUACGGCCACGCGUCCGAGUGCGCCCCCGUGCCCGGCAUCACCACCAGGGAGGCCGGCAUGAUCCAUGGCCGCUGUGUGUGCAAGCACAACACCGAGGGGCUGAACUGUGAGCGCUGCAGAGACUUCCACAAUGACCUGCCCUGGAGGCCGGCUGAGUCACUCGACCCUCAUGCCUGCCGGGAAUGCAACUGCAACGGUCACUCUGGCCAGUGCCACUUCGACAUGGCAGUGUACCUGGCCACAGGGAAUGUGAGUGGAGGGGUGUGUGAUGACUGUCUCCACAACACUAUGGGCCGCAACUGUGAGAUGUGCAAGCCCUUCUACUACCAGGACCCAGCCAGGGACAUCCGGGACCCUGCUGCCUGUGUCCCAUGCGACUGUGACCCGGUGGGGUCUCUGGAGCGGGGAGUGUGUGACAGCCACACCGACCCGGACAUGCGCAUGAUCGCCGGGCAGUGCCGCUGUAAGCAGAACGUGAGGGGUACCCGCUGUGACUACUGCAAAGAGGGCUACUUCGGACUCAGCCAAAACGACCCCCUGGGCUGCCAAGCCUGCAACUGUGAUCCUCGUGGGAUUAUAAUGAUGGGAUCGCCAUGCGAUCAGAUCAGCGGAGACUGCUCCUGCAAGAGAUAUGUUACGGGCAGAUACUGCAACCAGUGCCUGCCAGAGUACUGGGGGCUUAGUAAUGACAUCUCCGGCUGCCGCCCUUGUGACUGUGACUUUGGGGGAGCCUACAGCAGCAGGUGCAGGAUGGACAAUGGACAGUGUGACUGUCGGCCCCACCUCUUUGGGCCGCAGUGUGCGGAUGUCCAGCCGGGGUACUUCUGUGCCCCUCUGGACUUCUACACCUACGAGGCAGAGGCUGCUGAAGGCCGCUCCCCUGAUGACCCCAUUCUGCCGGGACGAGCGAGACCCCAGGCAGAGACUGACUGUGUUCAGCACCUCAACAACCAGCUGCGAAGGCACAAGCGCCACCGCCGCAUCGCUGCUGCUCAACAGCAGAGGGCAGCACUGAGGCGUAUCCGUCAGCUGCAGCAGACACCAGAUGUGAAGAGAGUGAACAGGGAACAGUCUCCUGGUCAGAUGGUCACAUGGACUGGGCCAGGGUUUGCCCGGGUCAAGGAUGGAGCGGGACUCGUCUUCACCCUCAACAACAUCCCCCACGCCAUGGAGUAUGACAUCAUGAUUCGAUAUGAGCCGGAGUCCACAGAGGACUGGGAGGCCAUCGUCAGCAUCACCUCGCAGGACCUGCCCACCAGCUCUCGCUGUGGGAACGUGCUGCCAACUGAACAGAUGUACACCGUCAUUCUGUCCCACCACCGAAGGUACAUUCAGAUGCCCCGGCCGUUCUGCUUUGAGCCCAGGAACCAGUACACCAUAGCCAUCCGCUUCCAGCGCCAUGGCGUCUCCCACAGACACCUGACUGCCUUCAUCCUGGUGGACUCCUUGGUGCUGAUCCCCAAGUACACAGAGUUGCCCGGUUUCCAGGGUAACGAACCCGUGGCGGAACACCGGCGGGAGGAGAUGCUGCGGUACAUGUGCCUGGACUCCUUCCUGACCACGCCCAUGCCCUCUCUGGCUGAGAUGUGCACCAAGCUCAUCUGCAGCAUCUCUGCCAUCCUCCAUGAUGGAGCCCUGUCCUGUCUCUGUGACCCCCAGGGGUCACUUAGUGCUGAAUGUAACAGGGUCGGGGGUCAGUGCCAGUGUAAGCCCAAUGUGAUUGGUCGGCGCUGUGACCAGUGCGCUCCUGGGACGUAUGGCUUCGGACCAUACGGCUGCACUGCCUGCGAGUGCCACUCCCAUGGGUCCCACAGCCACCAGUGUGACCCUGUGACCGGCCAGUGUCCGUGUCGUCAGGGGGCCUCCGGGCGCCAGUGCGCGGACUGCCAGGUGGGCCAGUGGGGCUUCCCCGACUGCCAGCCCUGCCAGUGUAACGGCCACGCGGAGCUGUGUGACCCUCAGACCGGCACCUGCCAGGACUGCAGGGACUACACCACUGGGCAAGCCUGCGACAGAUGUGUGGACGGUUUCUAUGGAAACCCCGUGCUGGGGUCGGGGGAGCACUGCCGCCCGUGUCCCUGCCCAGGGCAUCCUGGGAGCGGGCACUCAAACGGGGACACCUGCUACGCCGACCACAACACCAACCAGAUCCUCUGCCGCUGUAGGCAGGGAUAUGCUGGCUCUCGCUGUGACCGCUGUGCCCCCGGGUAUUUCGGGAACCCUGAGAGGCCGGGCGGGGAGUGCCGGAUGUGCGAGUGCAACGGCAACAUCGACCCCCAGGACCCUGGAUCAUGUGACCCUCGCACAGGCCAGUGCUUGAAGUGUCUGUACAACACUGACGGCCCCUCCUGCUCCCAAUGCGUACUGGGUCACUACGGCAACGCUCUAUCGCAGGACUGCAGACGGUGUACGUGUGUGACGGCGGGCACCCUCCAGCCUUACUGCGACGGGGAGGUUUGCCGCUGCGACUCUCGCACUGGGGCCUGCCCGUGCCGGGCCAACGUGGUGGGGCACAACUGUGACCAGUGUGCGGACUACCACUGGAACUUUGGAACGGAGCACGGCUGUGAGCCGUGUGGCUGCCAUACCCAGCAUUCCAACGGACCCCACUGCAACAUGUUCAGUGGGCAGUGCCAGUGCAAGCCGGGGUUCGGAGGGAGGGUGUGUUCUGAGUGUGAACAGCUCCACUGGGGAAACCCACAGAUCCAGUGCCAUGAAUGCAACUGCCAUCGGCUGGGCUCGGAGACGCUGCAGUGCCACCAUGUGACGGGGGCAUGCGUGUGCAGGGAGGGGGCGUCUGGGAGGCACUGCGAUGAGUGCUCCCGUGGUUUCACCGGCACCUUCCCCAAGUGCGUGCCCUGCCACCCCUGCUUCAGCCAGUGGGACGACAUUGCACGCCAGCUGCAGAGCGAGCUGGACCGCAUCAACCGGUCUGUCCAGGCCAUCCUGCAGAGUGGGGUUGUCCCCGGCACCAGCGAUAAGAGAAUCAGGGCUCUCGAGGAAAAGCUGGCCCUUAUUAAGGACCUGAUCCAAAAUGGCGACAAAGAGAAUAUCUUGCAAUUGCUCAACCAGGCCAUUGACGACCUGAGGGCGGAGAUUGCGCUGACGGAUGGGCGGCUGAUGGGGAUCACUCAGGAGCUGAACGACACAGCGCUGAAGGAUGCGGGACUGCAGCAGAACAUGACCCACACCGAGCAGCAGCUCAGGGACCUGAACGCAACACUGGCCCAGCUCCGCAGACAGCUGGAGAACUUCCUUAGCGCCGGCUUCGAAGAGCAGCUUGACAAUGUCCGUAAGUACUACCAGGAGUCCCAGGAUGCGGAGCGGAAGUGCAACGCCUCUGUGUCGGGUCCCAGCAGCCCGGUUGGGCAGUCGCAGAAGACUCGGAAGCAAGCCGAGGACCUGCUCAAGAGCAAACGGGACAGGUUCCUGCGCACCAUGGCGGCUCAGAAGAAGUCACUGGCAGAGCUGGACAAUAAAGCCAAUGAGCUGGGCAGGAAGGUCGACCAUGUGAGCGACAAGGUGUGUGGCGGCCAUGCAAAUGCAAGCACCAAUGGCAGCUGCCCAAACAGCCUCUGCGGGGGUGCUGGUUGCCGUGACGGCAGUGGGAUGAGGCAGUGUGGUGGGGAGGGGUGCGAUGGAGCCCUGAGUGCCUCUGCUGGGGCUCUGAAACUGGCCAGGGAGGCUGCUGGCAACAUCACCACCGCCAGUGAGGAGCUGCAGAGGGUCUCAAAGAAGCUCCAAGACAUUGAGAUGCUGACUCAGGAUGUAAAGACACAGGCCAUGGGCACACUGGAGAAGGCACAGAAGAAGAAGGAUAUCUUUGAAAAGUCCAACAAUCAGCUCAAGGAUUUCAUCAAGAAGAUCAAAGACUUCUUGACAGAGGAGGGUGCGGACCCAGAGAGCAUUGAGAAGGUGGCCCAGCAGGUGCUGGACAUCUCCCUGCCAGUCAACAACAGUGUUUUGGCCCACUUGGUGCAGCAGAUCCGGGAAAGCAUAGCAAACCUCACCAAUGUGGAUAGUAUCUUCAACACCACCUCCCUGCAGCUCCGAAAAGCCAAGGAACUGCUUAACAAUGCCAAGGAUGCCCAGAAACGGGCUGAAGGGGUGAAGGACAUUGCCAACCAAACAAGGCUGGCUCUCAACACCGCACAGAAAGCCAUCACCAUGGCAGAGAAGGCCUUGAAAGAUGCCAACAAGAGCAUCAACAACACCCGCGAUGCCACAUCUUUGGUAAAGGACAAACUUGGGGAUAUAGAGAACAAGCAAAUGGAUGCCAUGAUGCGGCUUGCCAACCUUUCAAAGGGGAUAGAGUUACUGAGGAAUAAGACAGAGCAGAACAGAGAGAUGGCGCAGGAUGCCAAGGACAAAUCUGAUAAUGCCACCAAGGCUGCCAUUGGAUUGGACAAGGAGCUGGAAGAUGCAGAGGGGAAAUACAAGGAGCUCCAGAGUAAGGUGGAUGCCCUGGGAGGGGAUGUGCAGGGUCUGGGCGAAGUGGACAAGAGGGCAAGAGAAAUCAAGAAGCAGGCGGAGGAGCUCCUGAUGAAGGCUACCAAGGGGAUGGAGAAGUUACACAAACUAGAGAAGAAGUUUAAGCAGAACGAGAGGACAAUGAAUAAUCAGAGGCUGGAGCUGGCCGAGCUGGAGCAGAAUGUCACCAGCGUGCGAGACGUCCUCCGUGAGAGUGCCAAGAGAUACAGCACCUGCCAGUAAAGCAGCCCCUCCUCUCCUGAGCCUCUCACACGACAGCUGGAGAGUAAGCAUCUCUAGUACCCUGACCCCACCCAAAAGGACCUUCUGUUUACCUGGGCCCAAAACAGCACCGCUCCUCUAUUCACCUGGUCAUUUUUAGCAUUACAUCCGUAUCAUUUUAUGUGGUAUUUAUUAAAGUUACCAUGACUGUAAAUGGACAAUUUGAAAAACUUUUUAAACCCAUCAAUAUGUUAUUGAUAUAUUCCCAUAUUCCCUUCCGCAGAAGAUUCUAAAGCACUUCCCAAUAUUGGAGAGAUAAGUGAAUACUGUACAACAUGAGGAUUUGCCAUUUCUCUCUGUUUGUCUGCCUUACUGACAUUAUUUCCAAACAAUGGGAACACAGUCUUCAACAUUUCUGAAAAAAACACAGGAGCUUAAGCACCUAAGAUGAAAUCCUAUCUAUUAAUAGGUUUCAUGAAGAGCACUGCAGAUUUACUCAAGAGACUGGGCUAUGGAAAUGAGGAUUUUGGAGAAUGACUAAUUAUUGUAUUUUCAUAAACCAAAAAAGAAAAUAAUUAUUUCUACACUAUAUAUAUAUAUAUACAAUCAGUGAUCACUUUAUUAGGUAGACCUGUACACCAAUUUGUUAAUGCAAAUAUUUAAUCAACCAAUCAUGUGGCAGCAAAUGCAUAAAAGCAUGCAGCAUGCAGUUAUUAGACUUAUCUUGUAGACUUAUUAAGUCUUCUGCUGCUGUCGCCUAUCCGCUUAGAGGUUUGAUGAGCUGUGUGUUCAGAGACGCUCUUCUGCAUACCACUGUAAUGUGUGGUUAUUUGCAUUACUGUCACCUUCCUGUCAGCUUUGACCCGUCUGGCCCUUCUCCUCUGACCUCUCUCAUUAACAAUGCAUUUCUGCCAGCAGAACUUCUGUCAAAUUGAUAUGGUUAGAAGCCAGCAUAGUACCAACACAAGAGCAAGCUGUAUGUCAUGCAGUCUUCCUUGUGUUAAAGGUAAAAUAGCAAGAAGCUCAUUUUUCUAUACUGGGAUCUUCUUAUGGAACAACCUGCCCCUGCAUAUGAAACAAAGCCAAACAACAGCUAUUUUUAAAACAAGGGUCAUGGCGGCUUUGUGUGGAGUGUUGAUGGUUCACUUUUAAGAGAGGGAGUUUGUACGAUGAGCGUGGGUUUCAGUUGGGGACUAGUAGGUUUAACUUGUCAUUUGUUUCUUUCCAUCAAUUUGUUCAUUUCCAUGUAUUGUAUUUGUUUGUUUCCAUCAAGGAUCACUUUGGAAAUAAGUGUUUUCAGUAAUGCUUUUAAGUGCUAUCCUCUGGGAUUGUGUGUCAUGAUACUUCUUUGAGUUGUUGUGCUUUUUAAUUGCUAAUAAAAAUCUAAUCUGAUCUAAUAUAGUCUAAUCUAAUCUAAUCUAAUCUGCUCACUGGAUUUUUUUAGUUUUACGCACCAUUCUCUGAAAACUCUAGAGACAUGAAAAUCCCAGGAGAUCAGCAGUUUCUGAGAUAGUCGAUCCACCCUCUCUGGCACCAACAAUCAUUCCACGGUGAAAGUCACUUAGACUGUGUUUAUUCCCCAUUCUGUCAUUUGGUCUGAAAAACAGCUGAACCUCUUGACCACAUCUGCAUGCUUUUAUGCAUUUAGUUGCAGCCACAGGAUUGGCUGAUUCAAUAUUUGCAUUAACAAGCUGGUAUACAGGUCUGCCUAAUAAAAUGAUCACCAAGUGUAUAUAUGCACCUAUAAGCUAUUAAAUUGUUAUUGACAGACAACUAUGAAAAAUUAAAAAAUAAAUAUACAUUUGAUAUAACUUUUUAAAAAA